UAAGAUUUUUUUUUCCCAAUUUGAUCAUAAAGAGGAAAACAAGUUGAACUUGGUUUUGCAACCCCAUUUCAAAAAGGAGCCUAACAAUUCACCUGAAACUCUACUUCCUACAAGCUGCAUGGUCAGAGAUUUACCGCGAAAUGGCGAACAGGAAAAGCACAGAAAUAUCAACAUGGAUUACUAAGCCUACAUCUCCAUCAGAAACGGAGCUAUUUGAGCUUAUGGCUUUUAGAUGUGCUAAAAUUGCUUUCUUACUCAAAGAAAGAUCCCUGCAAGACCUUUCACAUUUUCUCGCGGAAAUCCCAGCUAACCCCGAGACUUUCGAGCUUGUAGCAAGAUUCUGUGCUGGCUAUGAUGUGACAUUUUCUGCAGAGACUGUUGUACCCCUAAGUUGUCUUGCUCACUACCUAGGAAUGACAGAAGCUCACAGAAAAAACAAUCUCUUAAAGAAGGCUCUUUUGUUCCUUGAACAUAAUGUCCUCCCUAUUUGGAAUGAAACUGUAAAGGCCUUUCGAGCCACCGAAAACAUCUUUGACAUAGCCAUAGAGCUCGGCCUUGUUGCUGUUUGUGCCAACUCCAUCAUUACAAAGACGAUAUCUGAUCCUCAACUUCUUGGAGAUCCAAUCAAGAGAGCGUGUUUCAAUGGCAGUGAGGAUGAAGGCGACGAUUUUCGACCAAACGUCAAGCGAAGGCUGUUUGCCAUUGACUGGCCAUCUGAGGAUCUGACAACACUGUCUCUCAGGCUGUAUGAGCCACUCAUUUGUGAAAUGGUUAAGAGAGGAGUUCCAUUAGAGUAUGUCACUGCAUCACUAUGCAACUAUGUGAGGAAAUGGGUCCUUCAAACUCCCACAGGAGCCGAUGAAAAAGUUGACAUACGCACGAGAAACUCGCAAAGAGAAAUUGUUGAAGCAGUGGAGAGGCUUUUGCCUAAUGAAAUGGGACUUGUCCCUUGCAAUUUGUUGUUUGAAAUGCUGAGAUGUACAGACCUUUUGGAAGCAAGCUCGGAGUGUAUGGACAGACUAGAGCUCAGAAUUGGGAAAAAUCUGAAUCAAGCAACAGUCAAAGACCUUUUAACACUCUCCCAAGGCUAUGCCGGGAAAGUGCAGUAUGAUGUCGAAUGUGUGAGGAGGAUUUUGACGCACUUCUAUCGAAACUACAAUAGCUCGAAGAUGUCAGACCUGAUUGCAGUGGCUGAGCUUGUCGAAGAAUUAUUGGCAGAAAUUGCAAGUGACAGAGAUUUGAAGAUAGAGACAUUCACUGCACUAGCAGAGAUGUCAAAGCAGGUGUCAAAUGGAUGCCUGGGAAGCUCUGAUGGAAUGUACAAGGGGAUUGACAUCUACUUAGACACGCACAGGGAUCUGUUAGAGUCUGAGCGCGAGAAAGUGUGUCAGGUGUUGGAUAUCGACAAGAUGUCCCCCGAAGCCUGUGAGCAUGCUGCGAAAAACGAGAGGCUGCCAACAAGGGUGGUCCUGCAGGCCUUGUUUGUUACACAGGUGCAGCUGCGGAAUGCCAUAAUGAAGGAGAUUGCGGGGUCUCAAGAUGGUCGCGGGCUCGGAGAGGAGGAAGAGGAAGACGAAGAAGCAACAUUGUUAGGGAGUGGUGAGGAGAGCAUGAGGUCAGACAUGGAGAAGAUUAGCAAAAAAAUGAUGGAACUUGAAAGAGAGUGUUGUGUGAUGAAGAGGGAGAUUGAGAAAGACCGUGGCUUCAGAAUAGUGAAGAAGGAAAAGGUGAGCUUGUGGAAAGAAAUGAAGAGGAAGAUUGGCUGCAUCAAUAUUGUGACAAAUUGCAAUCGCCCAGGAAAGAAGAAAAAGAAGGUUCAUCCAUAG